AUGGAUGAUGAUGAUGGGCUGCCGUUCGGUCGAGCGAGGGAUUACCCGCCGUCGUACGACGACUCGAUGCACGAUCGAGCGACGAUGGUGGACGAGGACGAAGAUGCGACGGCGCCGGAGACGCUGAUGGACGAACUGGGGUUCGAGGUGGCGUCGGCGGCGCGCGAGGCGCACGAACGACGAAGCGAGCGCAGAGCGGCGACGCGGAGCGCGCAGAUGGAGCGCGUGGAGGCAUACGCGAGGGCGUCUGUGAAUGAACGCGCGAUCGGUGGCGAGGCGUGCGCGGCGCUGGCCCUGGUGGGCGUGCAUCCGGAUCAUCGAGCGGAGAUUUGGGCGGAAAAGUUAAACGCGCACGUGAGAGAGUACUCGAGCGACAUGUCGUUCGGGAGGUACGUGGAGCUCGGUAGGGAGACGAUGAGCGAACACGAGAUGGAUGUUCUAGAGGGCGACGUGCGAGCAGUGUGUCCGACGCACCCACAGUUGCGAGUCGAUGACACGGCGGAGACUUCGCCGAGCUCGCCGAGCUCUCACGCAUUCGCGAGGUUGGCGAGCGAAGGCUUCUCGAGAGACGCGGACUCGAUCGAGGGAUUGCCACAAUCUUUGAAACGAAUUUUGAUCGCGGCCGGGGCGAGGAGCCCGCACGGGUACUGCGCCGCUUUUGUCGUCCCGGCUGUCGUCAUGUUGCUGCUCACCAACCACGACGAAGAGGCGUCGUUUUGGAUGCUCGUGGGAUUCGUAGAAGACAUCGUGCCUGGCGUGAUAUCGCGAACGGGAAUACACAUAUACGGCGAAGCGAAGUACGUCGACUUGGACGUCGCGUUUCGAGAGCCCGAAUUGAUGGCGAAGUGCAACGAAGCGGAUUGUCGUCCGAGCAUCCUCGCCGCCGGAUUACUCACGAGGUUAGGCCUGGGCGUCUUACCGACAGAAACGACGCUUCGAUUGUGGGACGCGCUCAUUCUCGAGGGCGGUCACUUGCUUCCUAGUUUCACCACGAUCUUGCUGCUCUCACUCAAGGACAAGUUGUUAGCGGCUCCGAUCGGUGAGCUGUGCGAAACGUUUGACGCGGAGUUGGCGACACUCUUCGAAGUGGAUGAGCUCAUUAAGCAAACGAUCGAGACAUCUGCUGCGACGAAAUCUAGUUUCGAUUCACUGAGUAUUCGUCUGGGCGAGCGCGAGGUCUCUGCUGACUCACUCUUCAACCUGUUUAGCUUCCGCAAGACGGUGCGAUCGCUUUCGCAGAGCGCCGGACCCGAGGGAAUCGGUAGACAAGAGCGCAUCACUCGAACGGAUCUCGAAACACUCGUCGGCAUGACGUACGAAUUAGAGGAGUUUGUGGACGUGGAUAGUGCGGUAGAUAAGGAGUAUCAGACGCGGGAGAUGCUCAUGGCGUUCGAUUUGGCGUUGAGACACAUGGACGACCGGAUGGAUGGACAGAAGGACAGCUUGCGAUUCGACGAGCUCAUGAAGGUGCUUCGAGUGAAAUCGAGCACUUCGAGCAAACUGAAGAUGAUGAAUGUGCGCGGCGCCACCGUCGAGGAACGAAUGAAGAACUUUAUCAUUGGAGAUACGAACGAGGAUGUGCCGACGGAGAAGUCGGUUAAAAUGGCGCUCGUCGUCGCGAAUGGAGUCAUCCCAACGCAAAGACUGAGCAGCGCGCCGGUGGAGAGCACGAUUCUCAUAGAUCUCGCGAAGAAGCCGAACUGGUAUGGUCAUAUGCGCAUGGGCGCGCGCUCGGCGUUGAUCCUCGCCAGCUUGAAUAUUGCGUUGUUCCUCGCCGACGACGAGGUCGCGACGGAGUCCGCGUCCGGGGCAUACGACGUCUCCAUCAUCGCUUCCCGGGCGAAAGGCAUCGAAGACAGCCCGCGUGCGUUCAGUGGACUCGCCCCACUUCCACACACCGAGUACAUCAUCCUCGUCCAGACUGAAAUGGGACCGCAUCUCGUCAAGAAACGGUUCUCUGACUUCAAGGCGCUUCACGAAACGUUAAAAAAGGGUGGAUGCUAUAACAUCAUCCGCGUUCGGGACGACGCCAUUGGCACGGACGCCGCGCUCUCGGUGGAUCCACACGUCGUCGCCACACGAUCGGUGAAUCUCCAGCGCUAUCUCGAUCUGCUCACAUCGUGCGGUUUAGGUAAAGUCCAGCGCACCGUUCGCGCGUUCGUGGAAUUGGACGACGUCCCGUUCACGACUCGGAGCCGACUCGGCAAACUCUGUUGCGAACCCUUGUCCCGCGUGCGCUGCGACUUCUUCGGCCUCGGUCGAUCGUCCAGAAAGUCGUACGUCUAG